UAUUUGUCGGUAACAGCAAUGAACGUUUGCAAUUGUUUGUUACUAAUUGUAAUCUUUCAAAGUGCCUUCAAAGAAUCAAAGUCAAAGAAUUUCAUAGAAAUUAAAAUCAGUUUUGAUAAAAAUCAGUGUAACACAAAGAAUGUAUGGGAUUCCCUAUUCAGCAACGGAAGCAAUCAUCCGGCGGCAAUAUGGAUGAAUAGUUGGAGUGAGGAAGAGGCCAGAACUAUGAAAUGUGAGAUCAAAUCAACAAUGGUCACUUGUUACUGUGUUCAGAACGAAGCUUUUUGGGAUUUCAGUGAAAUAAUGAGCACAGUCUACACUAUUUCUCGUGAUAAGUGUGUUGGCUCAGUGAAAACAGAGACUUUCGAUCAGGCAGGAAAUAGUAAUUUGGGACUGAAAAACAUCAAAUGCACACUGGAUGCUCUCUAUAAGAAUGCGAUGCGAUCGUCAAAUAUGCUUCAAUACGUGCCACAAAAGUCACAUAAUGUUUGGAGCUGUCCUUUGCCUCAAAAAAAUUUAACUGAGAAGCUCAAUCGUCCAAAGAAUCGAGGAGAUGUUGAUUGGAGAAUUGCAUAUUCAAAUAAUGGGUACUGCUUCAAUUACUUUGCUUAUGGAAGCAAUGAUCUUUUCACACAACCUACAAAAUUCUUGAUGGUGAAGGACAAACUUCUCGAGCAGAUAAAUGCGAAGAAAGCUCUAUACACUUGCGACAAGAAAACCGAAGCGUAUUGCAACUAUAGAAACGUUCUAAAACAUCUCCCUGGUCAGCUAAUGAAAAUUAGCACUCUCGAGGUCGAACAUGUUUCUGCUCUUUGCAAAUUGAACUACAGUAAGACAUCAGAAUACUUCCUAUGGAUUUCAUUUGAAAAUGCAGUUCGUGGAUCUCGUGGAGCUAUCAUAAUGGGUCCCAUCGCUGGUGUUCUGGUUUUUGGAACAAUUUUCAUAUGUUGGACGUCUUUGUCAUACGAGCUCAUAGAAGAACGAAAACCUCUCGACCCUCAAACCUUCAAAUUGAAAGACAUCGAAUUCGAACUAAAAAAGGCAAUGAGUGAUAAACUUCCUGAAAGAGGUUCGAGUACGAUUCAAGCUGCUGUCGAUCUUGAAAAAGUUAAGCUCGUCGAUAGAAAAAGACAGAGAAGGCACAGGAGUAUAGUCUAUCCAUCUAGUAAUUUACGCGAUUGAAGCUCAACUUCCAGCUGUACCAGUUGUUCCAACUCCACCGGUUGAAAAAUCAGUUCCUAGCAAGACAGAGAUUAAGAAGCGAGAAUCUGGGGAAGGCAUGGCACAAAAAUCACUUCAAAAAACCCAAACUCCAAGUCCGAGACCAAACGAACUAAUUGCUGUGAUAUGUUGAUUAUAUUGUUAACCAAAAUAUUGCAACAUUUGAUUUUCAGCCCAUGGAUCCCAUUCCGCUUACGCCGAAAUCUCAGGGCUCACCUUAUCCGAAACAAUCAAGUCCAAGCUCGGAACAACUUGGAACACCUCGGAACAAAGAUAUAAAGAAGAGAUCUGAAGAGGCAUUCAAAAAGAGGUCUAAGUCGAAAUCACCGUCACCUAACAAAAAGUCGGAAUCUGACCCGAAAACGGGGAUAAGGAAAAAGAAGAAUCGGAAAAUAUUCCUUUGGAAAUAGUUCUCUAUUUGAUUAGCUACUAGACUUUGAAUAAAUACCGUAUUU